AUGGAGUAUAAGAACAAAAUAAAUGGGCCUAGUGGUGGUACAACAAAAUGCAUCAAGGAUUGCCCAACUGUCAUCUUGAGCCUUCCCAGUUACAAUCCCUCCAUCCUUUCUACCUGCGCAAUCGCACUAAUAACAGGUGGGUCGAGUGGACUUGGGUUCGAACUCACAAAGGAACUUGCCAAAAGAGUCGAUAAAGUGAUUGUAGCCGAUAUUCAAUCAUUUCCUACUACUGUUCAGGCACAAUAUGGUAACAUUUUCUAUUAUCAAUGCGACAUAACAAGCUUAGAUGAGAUUAAAAAAUUGAAAAAAAAAAUUGAAAAAGAUCAUGGAAAUGUUAGUAUCCUCAUAAAUAAUGCAGGAGUAGCUCAUAUCAAAAAAUUGGAACAUAUGUCUAACAGUGAGGUUAAACAAUUGAUUGAUAUAAACUUAAUAGGUGCUUACAAAAUCAUCAAUACGUUCGCGACAAAUAUGGUAGAUAAUGGAGAGGGAUUUAUAAUUGACAUUGCUUCUGUCCUCGGAGAACUAACUCCUGCAAGGCUAACAUCGUAUGGAGCAUCAAAAGGUGCAAUGAUUGGUUUCCAUAAGAGCAUGUGUAAGCAUUUCAAAAGUUUGCCUUCGGAAUGUAAUAAACCCGGAAUAAAGACAUUACUAGUGUGUCCAGGAAAAAUCCAAACAAAAAUGUUCGUUGAUGUCCCCACACCAUCCAAGUUAUUGGCUCCUGAUAUUAUACCUUCUCAACUGGCACUUGCGAUAAUAUCUGCCAUGGAACAUAAUCAUUUACAAACACUAAAUGCUCCCUAUUAUGUAAACCUAAUUCCUUUUUUCAAAUCUUUAAGUUGGCCAUAUAGACAUCUUCUAAAACAUUUCAGCGGAAUGGAUCAGGUAACAUCCAUCCAGACCACGACUAAGAAUGUAUGA